AGCAUCAAUUUUAGUGAAAAAAAACAGAGCAAGAGACCACGACCCACUCACCCACAGAGGGAGAGAGAGUGUGUGUGUGUUUGAGGAGAGGGAUAGAGAGAUACAGAGAGAGAGAGAGAGUAGCAAGCAGCAAAAAUCUGAAGAAAGUAAAUGAGGGAAGAAGGAAUAAGCUCGUCGGGAGACCCAUUACUCUUCCGCAAUUCGUCUCCUCGUCCUCCCACCCCCGCUGCCAGUUCUGCUGGGGCAUCAUCACCUGCUGUUGCCACUAAUGCUGGUAGUACAGAUUGGUUAGGUCAUGGUCAAGGUCAAGGGCAGGGGUCAAAAGUAGGUUCCCUAUCUCGAAUUGGUUCACAGCCCAUGUGGAUUUCAUUGAGUGCAAGUGCAUGUGGUUCAGUUCUUGGCUCAUCUCAGCCUUCAUGUAGACCAUGGGAAAGGGGUGAUCUUUUAAGGCGACUGUCUACAUUUAAGCCUGCAAAUUGGUUUGGAAAGCCUAAGGCUGCUAGUUCUCUUGCAUGUGCAAGAAGAGGUUGGGUGAAUGUGGAUAUUGAUAAGAUUGAAUGUGAGUCUUGUGGUGCCACCUUGAAAUACGUUGCUCCAGAUUCAUGGACUCCUACAGAAGGUGAGAAUCUUGGAGAAGAGUUUGCCAAUCAACUUGAUGAAGGGCAUAAAGUAAUUUGCCCUUGGAGAGGAAAUAGUUGUGCUGAAAGCUUAGUGCAAUUCCCUCCUACACCUCCAUCAGCCCUCAUAGGAGGCUACAAAGAUCGUUGUGAUGGAUUAUUCCAAUUUCUUUACCUUCCAAUUGUUGCUUCUUCCACACUUGAUGAAAUGAGGGUUUCUAGAGGCCCUGAAAUUGACCGAUUUUUGGUUCAAUCAUACACUUUCACUCCUGGUGAAUCUGGAUGUAAAGCAGACAUUGCAUCUGGUUCUGAGAAUAAUAAAGAAGACACCUUAUGCAUAUAUUCACGUGCCCAGAAGUUGAUAAGCCUAUGUGGAUGGGAGCCAAUUUGGGUUCCAAAUGUUCAAGACUGUGAAGAACAUUCUGCUCAAUCAGCUAGAAACGGAUGUUCUUUCAAAACCCCCCUUGUGGGCCCCACUCCCACAUCAAGAUCCCCUCUCUUAGACUGCAGCUUAUGUGGCGCCACAGUCAGAAUCUUUGACUUUUUGACCAUCACCCGCCCUUCCCGAUUCACCCCCAACACAACCGAUGUUCCCGAAACAAGCAAGAAAAUGACACUGACACGUGGCGUAAGCGCAGCCAGUGGAAUCAACGGAUGGGUAGCUGACCUUGAUGACGUGGCAGCCACAGGUGAAGUCAAGUCAAUGUCAAACAUCGGAGGAGUUGACUUAGAUCUCACAAUGGGAGGUGGAUUCUCAACCAAAACUGUAAUAUCCCAACAAUAUCAAGAUCCGAAUAAUAUCGGUAAAGACUUAGCCAUCGGGCAGCCUGCGGGCAGCGAGGUCGGUGAUCGGGCAGCUUCAUACGAAUCCCGCGGGCCCAGCACUCGAAAAAGAAACCUGGACGAAGGCGGAUCCACCGUGGAUCGGCCGCCACAUGUCGCGAUGCAAGCGGACAGUGUGGAAGGUGUUGUGAUUGACCGAGAUGGAGACGAAGUCAAUGAUAGUAAACACAAACGUGUACGCGAAUCCAAUGUGGGACCCAGUCAGGUUAUUAUGUAUUUUGAUGGGCCCCACCACCAACAACAACAAAAUGUUGGAAAUUCAACUCGGGCUUCAUCUGUUAUAGCAAUGGACAUGGUUUACCAAAAUGAGGAUAAUGAUUCAAUGGAAAGUGUAGAGAAUCAUCCUGGAAAUAUUGAUAUUGAUAUUGAUAUUGAUAAUGAGGGUGUGAGUUUUAAUUUCAAAAGUCCGGAUUUGAAUGAGAAUAAUAAUUAUUCGGAUUUGAAUUUGAGUAAUAAUCAGGUGCAACAGAGCACGUGUGUAGGUAUGGUGAGGGGGCAGGGGGUGAGUAGUACAAAUGAUGAUGAUGAGGUUUUAAAUAUUGAUAAUGAGAAUAGGGGGAGAGAGGUUGAUGGUGGGGUUAGUUUUGGAAUUAGUGGGGGGAGUGUGGGAAUGGGGGCGAGUCAUGAGGCGGAGAUUCAUGGCGGGGUGGAUGCUUCUGUUCAUAAUAGGGCGGAGAGUGUGGUUGGGGAUAUGGAACCCGUGGCUGAAGUGACUGAGAACCAAGGGCAAAAUGGGGAAUUUGCUGCGGAUUUUGUUCCGGAAGAGAAUGAAAUGGAACAGAUGUCGAGGGCGGAUAGUGGGUCGAAGGUUGUGGGGUCCACGAAAGCGGAAUCUGUUGAAAGUGGAGAGAAUCAGAAGACUACCUCUAAAGAUGAGGUGACACAAGCGGGAAAGUCGUCUCCUACUGAUGAAUGUGGAUUCACAAACGGAAUUGGGCCACCAAAUGGAGAAAGCAACUUUGAAGAAGGGGUGGAGUUUGAUCCGAUUAAGCAUCAUAACUUUUUCUGUCCAUGGGUGAAUGGAAAUGUGGCUGCAGCUGGUAAUCUGCUGCUUCUCUUUACAAGGAUGAUCGUCAAAUAUCUGGUAGAAAGCUCAUGGGGAGACACUCUCAUAGUAGAAACCAUGGUCAAAAUUGAAAUCAUUGCCAAUUCGGUACAAGAAAGCUUAAGGACUGCCCUUUUCAUGAAAGCUGUGGUUGUUUGAUUGAUAAGAGGGAUGGAUGGAUGGAGUUAUUAGUUAUAUGAAUAUGAAUAUGGUCAAUAUAUCGCCCUUUUAUCUGUUUUUUCAACUUUAUUUUGUUUCUUAUAAUAUAGCACCACUUUACAAUAAUAAUGCAAACGUGGACUCUUUUAUAGGUAGGUUUAAUGAUUUAAUGUAAGACACUAGAAACAUAUUUGUUUGCUGCACAAAUCACAACUUAUCCUU